GGAAAUACGUGUCUUCAAAGACUCGUGUUCUUUUUUCUCACACAACUCUCUCUCGACUUUCUCUCUCUGUUUUCUUGCGGGAAUUUAGGGAGGUUUUAAUGGGAAAGAUUAUAUAAGAAUCAAUCCACAUUUCGUUUUCUUGGGUUUUCAUUCAUUUUAGCAAUCGAUAUUUUAUAGAUUUGUGGGUUCUGGUUUAGCUUAAAACUUGAAAUUAUUUCACAACUUUAUUCAACUCGAGUCUCUGCUUCGGCUUGGCCUGUUUUUUCGAGGUGAGUUUGUUUUGAAAGUGGUUUUGAUCGUUUCGUUUCGAGUUCAUGUUGCUUGUGGGGUGUUUUGGUUUUGUUUGAAGAGAAUAUCUCGCCGGAGACCGGAUUUUCCGGGGGCCAGAAACCGGUUAUAUAUAGAAAACACAACUUUUUUAAUGCAUACGCGUAUAGAUGUAUAGUUUGUUUCAUUUAAGACUCAGCAGAGGGAGAGAAUUUAGCUGUCUGGACGUCAAUAAAUAGAAUUCUUGAAGAUCAAUUUCUCUCUCCCCCCUCUCUCUCCCAACAAGAAAAGAUAUCCCAUUAAUCUCUCUCUCUCUCUCCCUCUCUCUCUCUCCCCAUUUUUACCUCUCUUUACAGACUCUGUUUUCCCCUGUUUCUGUAGGGUCUCUCUGCUUCCAGGGCAAGGAGAGGAGAAAGCAGUAAAACCCUGCCUUUCUCUCUCCCUCUCUCUUUUCUCCAUCAUGGUUUCGGAGAAGAAAGAUUCAAUGCAAUCAAAUCUUCGAUCUCUCCUGGAUUCCACAACGCCUGUACCCUCCUCUCAAUUUUUAUCCAAGAGUGGGAUCAAAAAGUUGAAUAGAAUAUGGCAUCCUUGGGAGAGGGAAAAAAUCGAUUUCUUUACUCUGAGUGAUCUUUGGAAUUGCUACGACGAAUGGAGUGCCUAUGGGGCCGGAGUUCCUAUCCGGUUGGACAAUGGAGAAAACCUUGUUCAGUACUAUGUGCCUUAUCUCUCUGCAAUCCAAAUUUUUAUCAGCACUCAGUCGCUGAAUUCUCUAAGGGCAGACGCUGAUUCCACAUCGGAGACGAGGGAUACUUUCAGCGACUCGUUCAGUGAUGAGAGCGAGAGUGAAAAAUUAUCAAGGUGGGACGGAUGUUCGUCAGAAGAGUGGGUUUUUGAGCAAGAGAACCUCUGGCAUCAAAAUGAUAGACUGGGUCAUCUUUACUGUCAGUACUUUGAAAAAUCAACUCCGUAUGGAAGGGUACCACUCAUGGAUAAGAUUAAUGCAUUAUCACAAAAGUAUCCGGGAUUAAUGUCAUUAAGAAGUGUUGAUCUCUCACCAGCUAGUUGGAUGGCAGUUGCUUGGUACCCGAUAUACCAUAUUCCCAUGGGGAGAACAAUAAAGGAUUUGUCUACAUGCUUCCUCACAUACCACACUCUCUCGUCUUCUUUUCAAGAUUUGGAUGACGAUGAUGAAAUGGCAAACACAAAUAGCAAGUGGAAGAAAUCCGAAGGCAUUGCUCUUGCUCCUUUUGGAUUGGCCACUUACAAGAUGCAAGGAGAUGUGUGGGUCUCCAACAAGAACGGAGGGGACCAUGAGAGAUUAGUCUCGCUAUUAAGUGUUGCAGAUUCUUGGCUAAAGCAACUGAGGGUCCAGCACCAUGACUUUAACUACUUCACGGGGGUUCGGCGUGGCUAAUGUCAACUACACACUCCUGUAACUCACUAAAACACCAAACCCUACGUAAAAAAUAUUGACUUUGUUGAAUGGUUAUCGGCAUGUCUUGGUUUUGUGUUCUCCGGAGAGAUAACUGGCCUCAGUAAUGACAGGAUUGUAUAUUACUAGCUUAUAACUCUUUGUCUGACUGUCUUUAAAAGAGACCAGAGUAUUCUCUACUUAUGUUAGUUUCCUACACAGUUUGCUGAGGAACAACUGUGAUGAUGUACAAGUUGUAACAAAUAGUGUGAGCGAGAGAGGCCGGGAGAGAGAGAGAGAGGGAGGGAGAGAGAGGCCUAAGACUAACUGGUUUGUACUUUCUCAUGGAUUAACAAAGUUCCUGUAAAUGAUUAUAUGCUUGUUGGUUUUCUUUUCUU